CUUGGAUUACUUCCGGUGGCGAGGGAAAACACAAAAAAAACUUUACACGUUUUGCUUCAAUCGUUGAACUGUCUGGUGACUGUAUUGUAAACACAGAAGACAGUAGAGGGACAUGGUUGAUUUUCCACAAUAAAUAACUCCCGAGAUAAUCUUAUUUUCCAACACUGUAAAAAACGCUACAUCACUUCAUCCGCCAUGUCUGUGAAUGGAGAUGCUGAAUACGUGCCCUCCCCCCGUCCCCACCCCCGUGUGAAACCCGAGGCCCUGAGCUAUGCGGAACGAAACCGUGGCGGCAUGGAGAGGUGGUUCGACUACUCUGACAACAUCAACAACUACAACUCCCCGCGACCUGGCGCUCGGGUCAGGUCGGAGGAGGCGAAACAGAUCGCUGAAACGAACAAAGGCUCGAUGACUGACAUCAUAGGAGGUUACCCUGACCCUGUCCCCGAAAGACAGCUCCACCCCCGGGGCGUGACGUCGGACGCGGCCGAGAUCGCGGACAACAACAAAGGGGGCGAGAUGAAGAACCUGAUCGACAACUACGGGAGUUUGGCGGUGGAGGAACAGCCCGCCCCGAAGGUGAAGGGGUCAGAGGCGGAGGAAUAUGCCGAGAGGAAUCGUGGGACGGUGAACAACCUGAUCAGCAACACGAACGCAGCGCCGUUGACGCCGCCCCCAGUGAAGCUGGACCAGGCCGGGAGCGAGGUGGCUGCCAAACACACGGGCGAAGGGAUGGGUCCGCUGUUGAGGAUGGAAGGGGAGAAGUCACCCAAAGAACCCAAAAUAGGCAAGCUGCACCAAGAAUCAGAAGGGGGCUGGGAUGAAAUUCCUCCACACCAUCGUACGAGACCCGAGGCUGAAACCAUCGCCAGCAAGAACUCGGCAGAUUCCAUGGGUGCUAUCCUCGCGAUGAAUUCCUCGCCCCAGAACGUGAAGAAAAAUAAAGUGCUGAAGCACAUGGAACUCACUGAGGAUCCUCGUCCUCGGUCGUCCCCUGCCAGGACUCGACCUGAAGCCAUGCAGUACUACCAGAAGAAUCAGACGACCGAGAUGUCGGCCAUAAUGCACGGAGAGUCUCAACAGUCUACUCACCGAGUGACGCGGCAUCAGCGCAUGAUGCAGAAGUCCGAAGACUGGUGAUGCAUUGUGGGAGAGAGAAUCGGCUCGGGAAAAUAUCUGGAGUUAAAAUUAGUCGGUGGAUGGCAUUUUGAAAACUCUUGUUAACGUUUCGUUACAGUUUGUUCCACUGGAUAUUGUGUAUUAUUGUUUGAGCGAACUCAAAAAUUGAGAUUUUUAAAGGUGUCGUUUUACAAGCUUGAAUGUUGUAGCAGUUGCUAUAUUUUUCGAGAGAAAAAAUUCUGCCCUAUUGGCAUUGUAUUAUUGAUUAUUAAAAAAGUGGCCUUUUUAUGAAAAAAAAUAGAGGACAUUUUUAAAACGUUUUAAAUAUCAAUUUUUAUUUUAUUCCCACCGUAUAUUUCUUUAUUUUAUUUGAUACCCAUCAAUUUUUAUUCAUAUUGAGACAAAAUUUUAAAAUGUUUUUAAAAAAUUAAUUCACCCAUUUAUUUAUCUCUGUCAUAAGCAUCAUUCCUUUGUUUUUCUUAAUACAAGCACAGCAUAUUCAAACGAGAUGCUCUUUUGGAAAAAAAAAUUCAGAUCUGAGAAUUAUAUUUUUAUGUAUUUAAGUGCAACAUUUUGGUUGUCUUAUUAAUACUAUAAUAUACCUUUUCCAAUAGUAUUUCGUAAUACUAUAAAUGUUCCAUGCCAGUAGUAUUAGUAGUUAGUACCAUACUGUACCAUUGCCAGUACUUUUACUGUUAGUGCUUUAAACUUUAAAAUUUACCUAUACCAGGAUCAAAAUACAUGUACCCUUGCCAGUUUUACUUUAAUGUGCCUGUAACAAUAGUACUAAAAGGUACGUGUAUGCUGGUCAGUGGUGUUGUGUACAAUAUAAUGUUACUUUUUUUUCAGUUCUAUAUAAUGUACCUCUUUCUAGUGGUAAUAUAAUGUACCUUCUGCAAACGUCUUGUUAGUAAAAUACAAUAAAAAAAUUCGGAUUCUUUUUCUGUAUAAUAUCGUACCCUUUCUGGUAGUCUUGUUAGUAAAACUAGGUGCCAUUUCUGGUAGUCAUGUUAGUAAAAUAAUGUACCCUCUAUCAAAGUCUUGUGCGUGAAAUAUGAUACCUUUUCUGAUAUUUGUUUGUAAGUAAAAUAUAGUACCCUUUCUGGUAGUAUUUUUACUACUGUAAAAUACCCAUUCCAGUUGCGCUGUUAACAGUGUAACUUCCCCUUAUCAAUGUCUUUGUUAGAGAUGGUUAAAAGUACAGAAGUUAGGCUGUGAUGUGUGGACCCCACAUUCGAAGAGUCUUCCCGCAUUUAUCCUCACCAGUCUCUGUAUUAGUGAUUUUCAUUAAACAGUGGAUAGAUCUGUGGAUAGACAGAUACUUAAAUAGAUCAGUGCAACAAUAAAUCUGCUUUUGCUCAUGCAGGGGACAACAUUUUAAAAUGUUAGGUAAAGCCGAACUUGUUUCACAUUGUCUUCACCUAUUAUUUUACCGAUUAUUUGAUUACACAAACCAUAUUUGCAUAGCAAAUAAAAUUCUGAUGAUCCUAAAGUUUGUAACUUUCAAUAUUAGAAUGUAAAGGUCUGUCACUAAAGUGAUUGGCAGUUUGCUUGAAUUUGAAGUUGCGUAAUCGUCGCAUAAACAAAACGGCCAGUGAAAUAUUGUGCCCUGCUUAAGCCAAUUCAUAAGUUGUCUCUCGGUCUUUAAAAAACAAACAUACUAAGCCUUUUUCAAUCUUCAUGUUAGGAGGAUAGGAUGCUACUAAUAGUUGUUGCCAUGCUGCGUGUAUGCUUGAUGCGGUAGUUGGUUGUAUUCACUGUAGCUGGCUUCUCAAUGCUUCCAGUUAUAUUGUGUUGAAGAUUUCAAAGAAAACUAUUAUAAGUAGUCCUUUGAUUAUUCCAAUAAUGCACAUCCCAUCAACAUGUAUUUUUUUUAUCACUGUUUUGUAAAUAUAUCAAAGAUGUUUUCUUUUUUAAUGAAUAUUUUUUGUUGUCAGAAGUUAAAUUUAUUUUUUUAUGCUUCAUUCACAUUUUUGUAAACGUUUUUAUGUUAUAUGUGUAUAUAUUUUUAAGUUACAGAUCUGAUGUUUGUGUUUGUGUAUGAAUCAGCUGUCAUGUUCAGGAAGACAAGCGCUCGUGAACAUUUGGUCUUAUUUCUGUCCUGUUCUAUCUUGUCACAUUCUCUUAAUGUUGAGUGAAAAAACAUAACGAGACUGAGCGUUUGGCCUCCUGAACAUGGCUAAUGUGUUGUGAUGUUUCCAGGUUCGUGUUUCACUUUGUAUCAGUUGAAAGUUGUUACUGGAUUAUCCUUGACAUUUAUAGCAUGUUACAGACACUGUACAUCUAUUACUGCAUCAUAAUAGUAAAUGCGAAUGUUUAAUAGUUAAGAAAAAAUGCAUAUCAUGACUCACUUUUCAAUAGGAAUUAAAUUCCCAUAAAUGAAAAUCAAAAGAAUCUGUAACUAAAUUUCUGUAUUAUUUGUCAGUCUGUAGGGAAAAAAACAAGCACGAAUCUAGAGUCCUUUUUUCAUACUAUGGAAUUUACUCCAAAAUUAAAUAUUUAUGAAACAAUUGACUGUUUUAUGGUGGUGUGAAAUAAACAGAAAAAUGCUGAGAUUUUCCAGGCUUUCGAAAUAAGCCUUGUGUCUGGUAACCCAUUUACAGGUUACCACAAAAUAUAGCCUGGUAACCUAUAGGUUACCACAACUACAUGAAAGUUAGAAUUGACUUCCUGUUAUCAGUAGCCUACGACUAACAAAAUCUGGAAGUAAAUUUAUCUAGUGGGCGUUGCUUAAACACGGAUCGCUGAAAUUGCUUAGCAAUUGCAAAAAUGUGCACGAACGUAGGUGCAAUUUCGUACGAGAAAACGAAACGCGGAAGUAAAUUGAGCUAGUGGACGCAGCUUAAAUGUGGAAUGACUAUUACUGCUUGCAAUUGCACAUCGAUGCAAUUCCUUACGAGAAAAUGAAACGCUGAAGUCCGGAAUGCAUUGCCUGGUUUACAUUCGGAAAUGAAACUACCGUUGUUGAAAUUUUUGUCGAGAAUGAAACACCGUUCUCAACUUUUUAUAUACAUGUGGUAACCUCCCGGUAACCUGAACGACCGUUCUCGACUUAUUUCGAUGCCUAAUUUUCUAAAAGGAUCAAAUUUCUGUUUUAAUUAAUAGCAAUUAAAAAUAUAAUUUACACAAUGCGAUUAUGUACAGUAUUUAUAUUUAUUUGCAUUUCUUGUGUUGCACAGUAUAUACCAUACAUUUUCUCAUUAUAAUUACAUGUCGUGGAAUUAUUGAGUUUCUAAAAACACUUCAUCAUCCAAAAUCAAAUUCAUGUAUCACCGUUAGGAUACUGACGAAAGUGGGUUGUGACAUUAUUGUUUAAUGUAUACUUUUCAAACAUUAAUUUUAAUUAAGAUUUAUCUUACUUAUUACUGUUACCUAUUUAUGUGCCUUGAAAUUUUAAGCUAUAUUUUAAAGAAAAACACAGCAUAGUUUUGUAUUCGGCAUAAUGCAGACAUUAGACCACAGUGUUGUUGCUGCAAACUUAUACCAUUUUUAUGUACCUGCAAACAUUGGACUAAAAAUUUUGCUAGUCCAAACUUUAGACCAGUUUUGACAGCCCAAUUCAGAAGGGACCUCUAGAACAUAAAGUGUUUGAUAGUCCAAACAUCAAACGACUAAGCCACUAAAUUUUGAUAGUCCAAACAUCAAAUGACUAUGUCACUAAAUUUUGAUAGUCAAACGACUAAGUCACUAAAUUUUGAAUCCAGACAUCGGACGACUAAGUCACUAAAUUUUGAAUCCAGACAUCAAACGACAAGUCACUAAAUUUUGAUAGUCCAGACAUUAGACCACAAACUUUGGAUAGCCCAGUCCAGACAUGAAACCACUAGACCAUAAAAGUUUUGUUAGUUCAAACAUCAGACGACUAAGCCACUAACUUUUGAUAGUCCAAACAUCAAACAACAUUAAGACCACAAACUUUCCAUAUUACAACGAUUAGACCACAAAGUUUUAAUACAACAUCCAUUAGUACACAGAAUACAGACAUUAGAUCACAAAAUAGUUUCAACUGCACAGAAUUUUAAAGAAUUAUUUUUAUUGAUAUUGAAUUUACCGAUAUACACGUGAAAUUUUAUGUCCUGCAAAGCAUAAAGUAUUAUUAGCUUUACAACAUGAUGCAAACCUUUGUUUAUAGCUGUGUUUUCUCUUUCUUUUUAUCCAUCUGCCAUUUGUAGUACCAUGGCAAUAAUAGAAUGUAACAAACGUUAUGGAUUAAACUCAUGUUAUACCUAUGAUGUUAGGUACAUAAUCACUAAUGUUUAUUAGGCAUUGUAUGGUUUUUUUUGUUUUUAGUGCCUACUAUUCAGUUAAAAACUUACUAUUUAAUUGAAAACACUAUUUUGGUGUGUUGAUCUUAAUGUAUAGUCUGGUAUUGAUCAGACUUUAAGAAAUAAAACUUGUAACAUAACAGUAUAGAUGAAUGAAUAGUUUGCACACAAAAAAAAAAUAAAAAAAUGUAUGUGUCAGUUGUACGAGUGGUUUCUCAGUCUUCGCCAGUUGUAAAAAAUGGAGGCAGGCGAAAGAUCACUCACCUGAAAUGGUGCUAGGUGAGCUGAAGUACUAGACUAGCAAUCACAUGAAGUUUCAAAUAAAAUGCAUUAAAAAUGAGACCCUAGUGUUCAAAUGCUACCACAUAUUUUUUUAUUAUUAGAGCCUUUUUUUUUAUCAUUUAAAUUAAAAGUAAUAAAAAAAAAUAGUUUGAAACAUCCGUUUUCAUACAUCCGAAGUGUUUUGGUGUCAUCGGUUUUUGUAAUGCCCCAAAAUAUAUAUAUAAAAAAUUGUAAUUCUAAAAAUGCAUGUACCUGUGAGAAGUAAUGGUAAUUGAGCCAAUCUCAAUUCCAUUUUUAGAUGGUAUUUUCCUGUGUACAGGGUCUGCUUCUUUGAAACAUUUAUUGCCAGGCGAUUAAUUUGUUGCUCUCCUAAACCUUUUCAGGCGAUGGUGAAGGUGAGUGUGAGUGAUCACUCGACUGGCGAGGGUGGAGGUGUGUGAGUGAUCGCUCAACUGGCGAGGGUGGAGAUGUGUGAGUAAUAGCGAGGGUGGAGGUGUGUGAGUGAUCGCUCGACUGGUGAGGGUGGAGGCGAGAGUGAAUGAUCACUCGCCUCUCCUGGUGAAGAUGAGUCUUGAUCAGCCACAGUUGAACGGAUUGGAAUCGAGUUACUUCCAUGUUUGUCAUUGAAAGAUCUGUUGUAUUAAAUGACCUCGGUCAGAUAAAGCAA